AUGCGUUCAUCUAAUGUUGAUGAUUGUGAUCCAUCUAUUCGUAAUGAAUAUCCAUAUAUUAUUGAAAAAUAUUCAUCAAUAACAAUAGAACUUGAAGAUAAUAUUAAAUUGGCAGCAACUAUAUGGAGGCCAAAAAACAGAAAUGAAGAAUUGAGGAAAGAAGAAAAAUUUGCAAGUAUAUUACAAUAUUUACCCUAUAGAAAAUCUGAUUUUACAUCUCACAGAGAUGAAAUUAGAUUAAAAUAUUUAUCAGGAUUUGGUUAUGUUUCAAUUCGAGUUGAUAUUCGUGGAACUGGAAAUUCUCAAGGGAUAUUUGAUGAUGAAUAUUCUGAACAAGAACAAUCUGAUGGAUUAAAAAUUCUUAAAUGGAUUGAAAAACAAGAGUGGUCUAAUGGAAAAGUUGUUAUGUAUGGAAAAUCUUGGGGAGGAAUUAAUGGCUUACAAAUUGGUUAUCUUCAACCUAAUAAUUUAUACGGAAUAAUAUCAGCUUAUUCAACAGAUGAUCGUUAUAGUGAUGAUACUCAUUAUUAUGGAGGAUGUUUAGCAGCACAAGAAGCAUUUGCAUGGUCAACUCAAAUGUUAAUAUGGUUAUCUCUUCCUCCUCAUCCUUCAUAUCAAGGAGGAAUUGAUGAAAAUAGUCAUCUAUUCAAUAUUUGGAAAGAAAGAUUAAAUAAUUUAAUUCCAUUGGAUUCUUAUUGGAUAAAACAUGAAAAUCGAGAUGAAUACUGGCGUUCAGGAAGUGUUUGUGAAGAUUAUUCAAAGAUUUUAUGUCCUGUUUUAUUAAUUGGUGGUUUUGCUGAUCUUUAUACUGAUACAGUUUUCCGUUUAAUAAAUAAAUUAAAAUGUCCAAAACGAGCUAUUUUAGGUCCAUGGGGACAUGAAUGGCCAGAUAUUGCUUAUCCUGGACCACAAAUUGGGUUUUUAUUGGAAAUAGUUCAAUGGCUUGAUUAUUAUAUUAAAGGAAUUGAUAAUGAUUAUAAUAAAAAAGAAAUAAUAUCUAUUUAUAAAUUAAAUCCAAAUAUUGAUGAACUUCAUUCAAUUGUAAAACAAAGAAAAGGAAAAUGGAUUCAUUUAAAUGAUAUUCCAUUUUAUCCAAAUGAACAUUUACAAAGAAAUGAUUAUUUUACAAAUGAAAAUCAACAAAUAAAUCAAAAACAAAUUAAAUAUUAUUUAUCUUUUGGAUUUUUGACAACUGAACCUAUUUCAAAUAAUUUAUUUCCUAAUAAAAUAUCAUUUUCAUCUCCUCAACAAACGGGAAUAUCAAGUGGAAAUUUAUGUGGAUUAGGAUAUCUUCAUCAUCCCUCAAAUCCAAUAGAUCAAAGAGAAGAUGAUGGAAGAUCAUUGUGUUUUGAUUCUCUUCCAUUAACUGAUGAUUAUGAAUUAUUUGGAUUUCCAACUGUUAAACUUAAUUUAAGUUCUUCAAGUCAAGUUGGUCUAAUAUGUGUUCGUCUUUGUAUGAUUGAUCAAAAUACUUCAUCUUCAAUUCUUAUUGCACGUGGUGUUCUUAAUUUAACACAUUAUCAAUCACACGAACAUCCCAAAUUAUUAAAUAUCAAUCAAAUUUAUAAUAUUGAAGUAACAUUAAGUGGUGUUUGUGUAUGUCUUCCAGCUGGUUGUCGUCUUCGUCUAGCUUUAUCAACAUCAUAUUGGCCAAUUGUGUGGCCUUCAUCUCAACUAGCAACACUAACAAUUCAUUUAAAUGAAUCAUCACCAUGUAUUCUUACAUUACCUUGUUUAACUGAUAAAUAUUCAACGCGAGAUGAUUUUGCUUUGCCGGAAGUUGGUCAAGGAAUUCAACUAAAACAAUUAAGACAAUCUUCAUCUGAUCGUUUUCGAAUAUUUAAUGAAGUUAAUGAAACAAUUGUAUUAAAAAUAAAUAAAGAUUAUGGUUCUAUUGAAUAUCCAGAUGGUUUAAUAUGGGAUGAAAGAUUAGAAAGUAUUUAUCAAAUUAAAGAAAAUGAUCCACAAUCAGCAAGAAUUGAAAUCUUAAGAUAUUUAAAAUAUUAUUUUAAAGAUGAAUCAUCAAUUAAAGUUGAUAUACAAACAAAAUCAAUAAUGUUUACUCAACAAUCACCAUCAACAUAUCAAAUUAUACAUCAAUUAGAUAUUAAAAAUAAUGAUCAACCUUUUUUUAAUAAAACUUUCAAUUUAUCUUUUCCAAGAAUUUAUAAUUAA